AUGUCGGGUAUCAGAAAACAGGGUGAUAUCUCCAAAGCACCAACCCCGCAGAAUACUCCAUCGAGCGUGGCUAACUCAUAUUUGAAGCAGCAGCCACCAUCCGUCUCUACCAUUAGCGAAGAGGAUGAGAACAACUUGAGCAAACAAUUAGCUAACAACCCUGCACUUUUGCUGAUGAUCCAGGGCAAGCUCGGCUCGCUUGUGGGUCAGCAGAGUGGGUACAUUGAAGGAUUGCCUGCUGUUGUUAAGAAGCGUGUCAUGGGCUUGAAGGCUGUCCAGCUGCAGCAAAUGAAGUUGGAGGCCGAGUUCCAGAGAGACUUGUUAGAGUUGGAGAAGAAAUACUUCAAGAAGUACGAGCCAUUGUACGAGAGAAGAAAGGACAUCAUCAACGGUGUCCAGGAACCCACUGCCGAUGAGGUUGAGGUGGGUGAGUCCUUGGAGGAGAAGGAAGAGGAUGAGGAGGAGGAAGAAGAGGAGGAGGAUGCCGAAGACGAUACCAAGGGUAUUCCAAACUUCUGGUUGACGGCUUUGGAGAACUUGACCACCGUCAGCGAGACUAUCACCGAGAGAGACAGCGAAGUCUUGCUGCACUUGAAGGACAUCCGUAUGGAGUACUUGGAGACGCCCGGCUUUGAGUUGAUCUUUGAGUUUGACCAGAACUCUUUCUUUAGCAACCAGGUGUUGACAAAGACCUAUCAUUACCAGGCUGAAUUGGGUUACUCUGGUGACUUUGUGUAUGACCACGCCGACGGCUGUGAGAUCAACUGGAAGUCCAAGGAGAACAAUGUGACAAUCAACAUUGAGAGAAGAAAGCAGCGUAACAAGAACACCAAGCAGACGAGAACCAUUGAGAAGUUGACGCCCACAGAGUCGUUUUUCAACUUCUUUGACCCACCUAAGCCACCAAAGGCCGAAGAGCUGGAUGAGGAAGAAGAGGAGGACGAGGAGCAGGAGGCUGACUUGGAGGCGCGUCUCGAGUUGGACUAUCAAUUAGGUGAGGAAAUCAAGGACCGUUUGAUUCCUCGUGCGGUGGACUGGUUCACAGGCGACGCUGUUGACUAUGGAUUCCCUGAAGAUCUUGAAGACGGCGAGGAAGAUGAGGAUGAGUUUGACAGCGAGGUUGACAGCGAUGAGGAUGAGGAGGAGGGCAUUGACGAGACUGGCCCCAAGGAGAACCCACCAGAGUGCAAACAGCAGUAA